CUCUUCCAUCCUCUCUUCCCGCGGCUUCCCGUUCAGUUUAGCGCCGCUGUUUCCUCCGCACAGCUUUAUGACGCAAAGUGCGCAGAUUUUCACCCCGGGCCGUCUCCGCGGAGCGGGGUUAGCGGCAAUAACGUCACACAGUGAGCCCGGAGCGAGGCUCCUCGGAGCCCCGCUGCCGGAGCUCCGUAGGUCCGCGGCGGGCUUCGCGCUGCCCGGGAGGAGCCGCGCAGGCCGGGGAGGAGCGCGGCGGCUGCAGGGCUGCCGCUCCGUCACAGCUAACGGGCUAGCUGCUGGCGAGCGCGCGCACACGCACGCGCCCCAGAAUAAUCCGGGUUAACUGCCCCACGCCCCCGGUUCCUCAGCUAGCAGGCAGAUAGCCGCUGCCGGAGUGCCGCUGAGCAGGAGCGUGCGCAGACACGGGCGCGCGUGUCCGUCUGUGGUUUCAAUGUGUGAGCUGCUCACUUCCUGUUUCAACCUACAACGGCAAACAACAAGCAGAGUUCGGAUCAGUCAGACAGAACCGGGUCAGAACCGAACCUGGUUCUUACCCGUCCAAUCACAAACAUCCCGGUUCUGGAGCGGCCCGGUCCAGCUCAUUCUACUGGUUAAAGCUUCCUAAGAACAACAGAACCGGCUCAGAACCAGUACCCACGCCUGAAGCAGAAUGACCCACCAGAACCACGGCCUCAGCUGAGGUCAGAGGUCAGGAACCCUGUGGGGAAAUGUUCUGUGGGCCGAUGAGGCUGAGGCGGACCGGAUGUGGGUCCGGUUCCGUCUAGAGGAAAACCAGAACAUCGAACACGGCAGAGGUAGUGUGAUGCUGUGGGCUGCUGUGCUGCUUCUGAACCUGCAUGACGUCCAAAGCAAAGCGGGUCAAAGUUGUGAGACUCAGCCGUGGGAAUCUGGGUCAGGGUGUGAUUACUUUCCGCACAGAACCAGGGAGGGACAAGAAGGUGAGGAGGGAGACCCCCAACCCUCAGCCAGACAGAGAGACAGGUCACACAGUAAGACAAAGAAGCCACGCAGGGAGCGCCGUCAUGGUGACCAGGGGGCCGAGUGCGCGGCCUCAACCACCCCUUCAGCAGUUAGUGAGCAGCCACAGGGGGGGGUGGAGCCACAGAGCCAGGUGGCAGAACCAGUGGCGGGUCCCUCAGACCAAGGGUCCGAGUCUGCAGGCUCUCCCAGGCAACGGCGCUCCGUCAUUCGAGACCGAGGGCCGAUGUACGAUGACCCGUCGCUGCCUGAAGGCUGGACCCGGAAACUGAAGCAGAGAAAGUCUGGACGCUCUGCGGGGAAGUUUGAUGUCUACCUGAUCAACUCGGAGGGAAAGGCAUUUCGGUCAAAGGUGGAACUCAUUGCCUACUUUGAGAAGAUUGGUGACAAGCAGACCGAUCCCAAUGAUUUUGAUUUUACUGUCACGGGGCGCGGAAGCCCAUCCCGUCGUGAAAAGCGCCCUCCCAAAAAACCAAAAGCGGUGAAACCAUCAGGACGAGGCCGAGGGCGGCCCAAAGGCAGUGGAAAAAUGCGUCAGGCCACUGAGGGUGUGGCCAUGAAGCGAGUUGUUGAGAAAACUCCAGGAAAACUGCUGGUUAAAAUGCCUUUUGGCAAGGCUGAGUCCUCCUCUGCAACCCCAUCAAAGGUGGUGUCUCCUACCGCAGUGCCCAAGUCCCGGCCAGGCAGAAAGAGAAAAUCAGAACAGGAACUUCCACCUCCACCCAAGGCUGCUCCCAAAAAACGAGGAAGGAAACCAGGAUCAACCUCUGCACCAUCAACAGUCACUGCUGCUUCCACGUCUUCAACCACAGCCUCUGGUAGCUCAACAGCUGGAAGCUACACCGCAGCUGCCAUUAUGGUGGCUGAAGCCAAACGGAGAGCGGCUAAGGAGUCUUCCAUUAAACCUGUUGUUCAGGAAACGGCUCUGCCAAUCAAAAAGCGCAAAACAAGAGAAACUGUGGAAGAGAUGGAGAGUGUUCAAGCUCCACUGGUUACACCUGCUGAGCCUGGAAGCACCGGUGCAGCACAGGAAAAGGGAGGAAAGGCGGAGGGAGGUCCGAGCUCAGACCCAAAGCCUACAUCUACUUUAGGAAGCCAGUCAGAGAAGCAACCUUCUGCUUCAGACGAGAGCCAACCCCAUGGACACAAGUCACAUAAGUGCCAGAAGCACAAGGAAAAAAGAGAAUCUGGAGAUGAAGGAAGCAAAGGCAAGGAUGUUGGUGAAGAUGAAGGAGGGGGUGGAAAGAGUAGCAGCAGUAGUAGCAUCAUCCCUUCAAAAAGCCACAAAAGGAAGGAACGACACCUCAUAAACACCAUCAUCACCACCACCAUCAUCAUCGCCACCAACAGUCCUCUGGCUCACCAUUAGAUCACCCAGCUCCUCCUCUGACACUUUCUGAGUCUCCUCCUAGCCAACCCAGGCCGGAAGC